CAGUCAGGGUUAGCACGUCAGAGCGGGAGCACGUUUCUUGAAUCGCUGAGUGAUCUCCCAUGUGGUGUCUGUGGUGUUAUAUGAAGUGUUGGUAGUGGUGGCGAGAGGCAAGAUGGUGUCGAGUGUAUGUCGUGGGUCGUAUCCUAGCAUGACCCCACAUGCUUCGCCCUCACGAAAGCCGCUUAUUGACCCCCAGAAGGAUUAUUUUUCACCGUUACAAGUGGAAACCUCCGUGGAGUAUGACCUUCCCGCACACAUCUAUCCGCCGAAGGGCUCGGAGCCUAUUCUUAUGAUACACCCUGGAUAUGUAUCAGCUGUACGGGCUAGGUCCAGAGCCGUCGUGACUCCUUCGCCCACUGCCAUGGUGGCCACGUCAGGGGCAGCCCGCCCUCUGGCCCCCUUGCAGCUGCCCAACCCACAGCAGCACCAGCAAGUGGCCGGGGCGAGGGCGUCCCGCAGCACACAGCAGCGAACCUGGUGCAUGUGUGGAAAUCCCAACUGUAAUUCUUCUAGUGUCAAAUCAGUCAAUGCACAGAGUGUUAGAAACGUACAAAGUGUGCAUAGCCAAAGUGCUUCAAGAAGUGUACAGAGCCAGAGUGCAAGAAGUGUGCAGAACCAAAAUAUAGGAAGUGUGCAGAGCCAAAGUGCAAGAAGUGUACAGAAUGUCCGCGAUGCUAGUAUGAUGGGCGUUAGCAGCAGCGCCAGCACCAUGACCAACACUACCAGCAGAAGUAGUGCAGCGUUGCUUCAGCAGCAGCAACAGCAGCAACAACUGGUGUGGGGAAGUGGUGGACGGUGCUUAGGGCCUUGCUGCAACCCUCGAGCAGCUGCCAUGGCUCCUCCUCAGGCAGAGUUUGUGGCUCCGGGUCUGCCGCCCUCACUCCUUGCCCGCACGCCCACACGUGGGACUGCAGGCGGCUCACCCAAGUUGCGAGCGGCUCGAACCCGUCGUGGUUUGUCUGUCGCCAGCAGUGUCAAUCUCCCGGAUUACUUAGGAAGUGGGCGGCCAGCCAGGGUGACAGGCGGUGCUGUACAUGUCCACCCACGCCCACGAGCAUUAUCUACCUCUAUGGGUGCUCUUGCCGCGGCGCCCGCCCCUCCCAUGGCUCACCAGCACAUGGGCAUGGGCGCCUCCCUCACCACCUCCUUGGACUUGGCGAGGGCUCACGCUCUCACCCCUCGCUCCCUCCAGCCCGUCCAGCAGCAGCAACAACAGCAACAGCAGCAGCAACAAACAUUGCAGCAGGCCCCCGCUGUCUCCACGUCCUCGCUCCUUCAUACCGUGGGUCUCUCCAGGGACUCCGGCUGUUCCGUGGGCGCCGAGACUGCGGGCGGCGAGUGGGCGUCUGAUCGUACCCGCGGCCUCGUCGACUCAGGAUUCUGCACGCCCGUCGACCUCACAGACGAUUUUGUGGCAGAUACGCUUAGCUUGGGUGGCAGCUGGAAGGAGCCCUCCACGCCGUUAUCCUCCUCCGUGACCUCCUCCAGUAGCAGUAGCGGCGUGCACACCUCCUCCCUCCUGCCAGGGGCCGCCCACCACUACCUCCCGCAGCCCUUGUGGAACUUGGCCUAUUAAGGUCGCUACGCUUACCAUGCAGCGGGGCCGAGACCUGGGGCGCCUCGCCAUGGGGCUGGCCGCACCUCCUGCUGGGGACGCCCGCGCGACGGGGGGGAAGCUCGGGGAACAAACGUAGUCGUUUUAUCCGAUUUUCUAGUGUUUAGUCAGUGUCUUCUCGUCUUCGAGGGCCGCGGCUCCAUGAGCUCGCGGCGACGGAAGACGUGAUUCUUGUUGAAGGUGUAGUCCCCAGCAGCCUCCAUGACCACGAUGCAUGUGUGUAUCUCUUGCUCUCCGCGACCCCGCGAGCUGACCCCCAGUCGCGAGCGCCCCAGGGCCGCGGCCCCGACGUGCACUCUCAGAACCAACACUGUGCUGUGAUAUGCCGUGCUGGCCUCCGGAGCCUCGUCGCCAUCGUCAGUCCUCCUCCUCGUCGUCGUCAUCUUCAUCAUCAGUGUCGUCGCAGUUCACAUUAGCUUAGUAGCGAGAAAUAAUAAAACAAAAACAAAAAACGACAAGAGCAGCAGCGCCAUCGGGGGGCAGGGUCGUGUACGCGCGUCGUCUCGAAGUCACCCGUCGCCGUGUCGUCUUGUCGUCGCCGUAGCGAGUCGUCAUACAUCGUAGUUGAGCCAGAAUCAUCGAGUGCCGACUCGAGUCAUCUUCGAGAAUCAUAGUAGUCGGCGCUUAGUCAUCAGCGCAUCAGCGAGCUUUUCGUCAUCCGCUAAUUAUCUCAUGGUGUACUUUUAAGUGUGGAAACUUAUGGGUGUGCUACGUACAGGAAUUAUAAUAUUAAUGGUAAUAAUAACACAGGGGUUAGUUGAGCCAGUGAGCGUUGUCUAUAUCCACUUUGUUAGUUUGUAGGUAUCUAUUCCAGUCACUCCAUCCUAUGGCAAUAUUUCACUGUUAUUUACGCCAGCCCCUUUGGAACGGACUCUGAAAUAGCACUGUGGAAUUUGUAUCUGCCAUUGAAGUGGUCUUGAUCCUCCCGCAACUGGCACAAUGCCGACCUUUAUCGACGCAAACGGACCAGAACCUUUUCCUCAAGAGCUCUUUUAGAAUCCGUGCCUUAAGUCUUGCACAAACGAUGCUGUAAACAUCGGUGUACUAAGCUUGUCGGCAUUAAUUAGUGUUUUGUAAAGCUGAGUAGGAUUUUUAAUGAUAAGGUAGACGGAAGUGAAAGUGAGAGACAUUGUUAGGGUAGAAUUUUAGGUGUUAAUUUAGCUCUUUGGAAAAAUAAUAAAAAUACGCUUAUUAGAGUCCAUGAAUCAUAACUUUUUUGGUCAAUAACUCAUCUGUCAUUCAUUUUAGUUUACAUUUAGGUUGUAUGUUUAGUCUUAACCCUUAAGUUAUACUAAUUUUUGUUAUCUUAUUUAUAGUCCUUCUGAAAGUCUGUCAAUAAUUUGCUCCACAAAGUUUACAUGCGUUUCUUAGGUUCAUUUGUCAUGAAUGUGAAUUUUCUAGUACAAUCCAGUUGUGUCUUCUCUUAUUUACUUUCAUUUCGAAGUUCGCGAAUAUGAAUAAAACGCAUUUACGAAGAUUCAUCAUUAUCACUUUAAAUGUAUCGAAACAUUGUAUCAAUGUCUUUAUUGCAUGGCUACCUGAGUCAAUUAUCUUAAAGAAUAAUAUCUUGUUCGUGGCAUUAUAGCUGUACGUGAGGAUUGAGUCGUUUAUAAGGCACCACGACGGGAGGUUCCUCGUCACCAGGGAGGGUCCAGCUGGUUGGGCCACCUGAAGGCCAUCUGUGACUGUCCUGCACCAUCUGCGUGUAGACGUCAUUGAUCGCGUCAGGUGGACUUGCCUCUUAGACGUUGAAACAUGGCUAACUGUGCCAUGGCAGUUAGUAAGAGUCUUAGGACCAGGUCUAUAUUGCUUGAUGUAUCUAUGCAUAGCGUCAACGGUAAAGCCUGGGCUCAACAUUGGUAAUGGCCUGUGGUGUUAGACCCCCAGAAGCAGAAAGAGUAUUAUCCUGUUCACUUCACUUUCAUCAUGUCAUUAAAGUAAAAGGGUGAUAAUUGAGAUUUUUUCCACUGACAGCAUAAAGCAUUUCUGCAUUUAUAGAUCACUUUUUCCCUUUUAUUCUUGAAAGCUUCUGGUGUGCAGCGUAGCCGGUCUAUUGUCUAUGUUGAAUAGAUGCUAAUAUUGUUUCACGUACGAAGCACGAUGGAAAUUUGAUCUCCACUUUUUAUCUGUAGUGUAAAGUCUACGACGUUAUGGACAUACGAGCGACUCUGAGCCUUAUGUAUAUUCGCUUUUAGGUGCACAAUUACAUGACAGGGAUAAUUACUUUUUUAUUUAUUUGACUUUACUGUGUUUAUUUUGAUGUCGUGAUGAAGUAUUCAGGUGUGUCAACGACUGGGGCACGAGUUCCACGGUUGCACAAUAUGUGUUGUCUUCAUGUUAAGCCUCUUUAUGUCCCAUGGGCGCAUAGGGCACUAAUCUCUCUCUAUAUAUAAUCUUAGACUCCGAGUCGCUUGUUAUGGCAUCUUAGUCGAUUCUUGUGUUGCACUUGGUGUUCGAACGUGUCAACUUUGCGUGCAAUAAGUCUUUCAAAAUGUAAUGGUUGCAAGGCAGCUUAUGUUGAUUAGGCUUCAGACUCAGACCUAUUUUUGUGAUGCUAACUUUAGCUUUGAUGUACAUAUGUAAAGAAAAAGAUGUACAUAAGGAGCCUAGUUUGUUUGGAAACAAAUUGUAUCUGUGAUUCGUUUCGGUGCGUUGGAAACAGUGCAUCUCAGCUUGUAAAUAUUCAUAUUUGUAUAUUUAAUGUGUACAGGAAGUAAUUUUGCACUUGUGCUUGAAUUUUAACGUGUAAAACUUGUGAUAUGUGAAAAUAAAACAAAAGCCAUUUAA